AUUUUGGCGGCUGAGUGGAAAUCAUGGCGGAAAAUUUGAAAGCCCCUGCCAUAUGCUGCAGCCCUCCCAGCAGCCCUGCUGCUGUGUCCGUGUCAAACUGCAGCGUCCCCUGUAAGAUGUCCUGGGAGGAGCUGGAAGCCCUGUGUCGUAGAGAGAAACUCCUCUGUAAAGAGCUUGGAGUGAACAGAGCAAACGUCAAAGACUAUGAUGUGGAAUUCCUCUGCAACUACAAAAAGAAUAAGGAGGAAGAGCUGUACCUGGUGAAGUGGAGGGGCUUCCCAGAGUCUGAGAACACUUGGGAACCCAAGAGGAACCUCAAAUGCCCCAAACUGAUGAAACAAUUCCAUCUGGACCUGGAUCAGGUGUUGAGGCGCCACAAGAGACGCUGCACCCCCAAAAAACUGGAUAAGGAACUCGCCUCAUUCCUGCUCCAAAAGGCAAAAGUCCGUCAGAGUCUGCAGCGCUGGGAGGCCCACUUGAACAAGACGCGCAACCACCCAGGUCGCAUUUUUGUCAUUAAUGAAGUUGACUUUGAGGGCCCUCCAAAAAACUUCACAUAUAUCAACAAUUACAAAGUAGGCCAGGGCAUCAUUUUAGAUGAAAUGGCUGUAGGCUGUGAGUGUAGAAACUGUUUAGAGGAGCCGCUGAAUGGCUGCUGCCCUGGGGCCUCCCUGCACCGCAUGGCCUACAAUGACAAGGGCCAGGUCCGGAUCCGGCCAGGGAAGCCCAUAUACGAGUGUAACUCUCAGUGCAGCUGUAGCCCUGACUGUCCAAACAGAGUGGUGCAGAAGGGCAUCCAGUUCGACCUGUGCAUCUUUAAGACGGAGAACGGCCGGGGAUGGGGCGUUCGCACUCUGCAGCAUAUCAAGAAGAACACGUUUGUUAUGGAGUACGUGGGAGAGAUCAUCACAACAGAUGAAGCAGAGAGGAGGGGCCUCGUUUACGACCGCCAAGGCUCUACGUACCUGUUUGACCUGGACUAUGUGGAGGAUGUGUACACAGUGGACGCAGCUCACCUCGGCAACAUCUCCCACUUUGUCAACCACAGCUGUAACCCCAACCUGCAGGUAUUCAAUGUGUUCAUCGACAACAUUGAUGAGAGACUCCCAAGAAUUGCUUUAUUUUCUACGCGGUCUAUUCGGGCAGGAGAGGAGCUCACCUUCGACUACAAGAUGCAAAUUGAUCCAGUGGACACAGAAAGCACCAAGAUGGACUCCAGCUUCAGCCUGGCGGGGCUCCCCAGCUCCCCCAAGAAGAGGAUUCGUGUUGAGUGUAGGUGUGGAUCAGACUCCUGUCGGAAAUACUUGUUCUGAUGAACGGACUGCUGGGAACGCAACACUGUCAUCCGUGUGUGAUGGGUGAAAUUGUACAGAUUUGCAUAUGUUUUUUUUUUUGUUUAUGGAAACUGAAAUUCACUAUCAACUUUAAUGUGAAUAUAUCAAGCCACAAUCUCGCCUUCAAACAUUGGUUUCCAGUGAGCCAAACGCUGCAUCAGUACAUAAUCAAAUGAUUUUAACAUCUUAAACUUAAAUAAAAAGCUAAUAUUCCGAGCCUACAUAGCAAAGGACAAGAAUAAUUGGCAAUACUGAGUAAAACAUAUUUCUGUGGUUGCACUCAUUCUCUAAAAAUGUAUUCUACAUGAACAUGAACAUGAACAGGUUAUGGGCCAAGCCUCUAUCAUUCCCAUUUAUUACAGCUUGGGAUCUUUUCCCAUCAUUUCUAGCAAUGAAAACAUUGUUCUCACCUAGUUAACAGCUGAGAUCACACCACUUAAAACACAGCUACAUCUUAAAAAAUUAGAAUAUCGUGAAAAAGUUCAAUAUUUUUUGUCAAUUAU